GAAAGCUUUCCCGUCCUGCCUGAAGAUGUCAAGGUGUGGGGAGGAUUGCAGCUAACAUUGGCUCCUUGUUGGGACAGCCACAGCCUCUACAAGCUCUUGCAUUUGAAAAAUCUAGUGUGGACAUUCAUCUUCUGAUUUGUUUUUUGACUCUCUGUUUGAUCCUCCUUGUUAGAGCAAGGCGACAGUCACCUGUUCUUAAUAAAAACAAAAGAUAAAAUGGGUACUGAGGCCAAACCUGAUAUUUACUCUGUGGAGAUCAGUGGAACAAGGGAUGUAGAAAAUCCAGACCAAGAAAAUGAAAAAGAGAAGUACAAGGAUCUCCACAAGAAAAAAAAUAAGAAGGCAAAGAAAAAAGACAAGAAAGUAGAUGAACUUAAGCAAGAACUUGAUCUGGAAGAUCAUAAACUCAGUGUGGAAGAAUUGGAAGCAAAAUAUAAUACAAGUCUUCUCAAAGGUCUCACCAGUGCAAGAGCUGCAGAGGUUCUGGCUCGCGAUGGUCCCAACGCACUUACACCCCCAAAGGGUACUCCUGAAAUUGUCAAAUUCAUUAGGCAGAUGAUAGGAGGUUUCUCCCUGCUUUUGUGGGCUGGCGCUGUCCUCUGCUGGAUUGCAUACGCGAUUCAGUAUGCCUCAGACAAUGCAGUCUCGAGAGAUAAUCUGUAUCUAGGUGUUGUCCUUGCAGUGGUUGUCAUACUCACUGGCUGCUUUGCCUAUAUCCAGGAGGCUAAAAGUACUAAUAUCAUGGCCAGUUUCAAAAAAAUGAUUCCGCAGCAAGCUAUUGUUACCCGCAAUGGAGAGAAAA